AUGGUAUUUUUUAAAAAGUAUUUUACAGAUUUGUAUAGUGAUUUUUGCAUCUAUCUAUCUAUCUAUCUAUCUAUCUAUCUAUCUAUCUAUCUAUCUAUCUAUACGCGUGUUCCUUUGAUUUUCACAUCUAUCUAUCUAUCUAUCUAUCUAUCUAUCUAUCUAUCUAUCUAUCUAUCUAUCUAUCUAUACGCAUAUUUGUAUAUUGAUUUUUACAUCUAUCUAUCUAUCUAUCUAUCUAUCUAUCUAUCUAUCUAUCUAUCUAUACGCGUGUUCCUUUAUUUUACAGAUUUGUAUAGUGAUUUUCACAUCUAUCUAUCUAUCUAUCUAUCUAUCUAUCUAUCUAUCUAUACGCAUGUUUCUUUGAUUUUUACUUCUAUCUAUCUAUCUAUCUAUCUAUCUAUACGCGUGUUUCUUAUUAGUAUAGUGAUUUUUACAUCUAUCUAUCUAUCUAUCUAUCUAUCUAUCUAUCUAUCUAUCUAUCUAUCCGCGUGUUUCUUGGUUGUAUAA